CAAACACUAACUUCUCAUCCUUCACGCCAAAAAUCCGUCUUCUCUGCCCUGCAACAAGCCUCUCACUCUCUCUCUUCCCCUGCGUUCCCUUGCUCCUCAUUUGGCCUUGCCCCCGUUUCCCAUUAUAGCUUAAGCUCACUAUCCUUUUCGUCCUCCUGUCUUCGUUCUCUUCUUCUGCUGUUUCUCUACUUCCAAUCUCAGGUCAUUUUACGUACCCGCAACUCUCUUCCGCUCCUUUUCUCUUUCCACACAAAUAUGUAAACUCCGCUUCUUCUGGUCUUCCAAGUGUUUGUGUUUUUGCGUCAAAGGGCGGUGUUCUCUUCUCAAUAAUGUAAUCUCGAUUAAAGUUGCUCUCUUUUGUUUCUUUUCUCUUCUGAGUUAAUGCCCAUUUGCUUCAAAGUGCUUUGAAUCCGCUUGUCCUGUUGAUUUCAAAUCAUGGGCUGUCGUUAAAUCUUCCUGGUUUAGCCCCUCUAGAAUUUGUGGCUUGCUUUUGGUUCAUGCCCAUUUGGUGUAAAUAGUUCAAAAAGUCUGCAAAAAUGCAGGUUCUGGUAAUGGGGUUUCGUUAAGUUUGGCAGGUCUUUUGUCUUCCUAAGCCUCGUUACUUUUGAAAUUUAACAUAGGGGCUUUUUUUAAUUGUUUCAAAUUCUAACAUGUAAAUCCUUAAUCUCUCAAAGCUGCUUUGGUCUCCUGUCUUUGAUUGAAGGGAAGUCUUUCCUAAUGGUGAAGUAAAAAAUUAGGUGCUCCAUGGAUCUCAAUCUCAUUGAAGUCAAACGCUAGUUAGAAACAGAGCAAAUGGAGAGCAUCUGUUCUUUCCGUUAGUUCAGGCUGUUCUGUCUCAUCAUGCCUUCAGUGCGCUAAAAUCUUCUUGCUUUUUUCCUUAUUUAACUGAAAGUGAUUUGAUCACUGCUAAUGGAUUCUUUUGUUCUUCACAGUGAACAUUCUUAAACAUUCAUUCCUUUAUAUACGCAUCUCAACUGUUAGAUUUUCUAGAAUUUUAAACUAUACACAUACAGGAUUCCACACAAAUAAUCAUGGGUCAUUUUUACUAUUACCUCCCUCCUAAGACCCUGGCCUUCGUUCUUGUUGUCCUUUCCCCCAUGGCUCCUUGUUAAUCUUCUUCUUUAUGCAAAUUUAGUUUCUUUGUUGGCCUCUCGAGUCCUAGUCUUGGUUGAGUCUGGUUCAUCUUUGUUGGGGAUAGAGAUUGUGGGCACUGGGCAGAAAAACAUCCUAUUUCCUUUUGAUCAAACCUUAAGUUUCAAUGGAGGAGACAUUUGUUCCAUUGCGUGGUAUAAAAAAUGACCUCAAUGGAAGGCUUUUGUGCUACAAACAAGAUUGGACAGGCGGCCUCCGUGCUGGUAUAAGGAUCCUCGCUCCAACGACUUACAUUUUCUUUGCUUCAGCAAUACCAGUCAUAUCUUUUGGAGAGCAGCUUGAAAGAAAUACAGAAGGAGCUUUGACUGCAGUGCAAACUUUGGCAUCAACAGCACUAUGUGGGUUCAUUCACUCAAUUGUUGGGGGACAGCCAUUGCUCAUACUUGGAGUAGCUGAGCCAACAGUGUUAAUGUACACAUUCAUGUUCAACUUUGCUAAGGACCGCAAGGAUUUGGGGCCAAACCUUUUCUUAGCCUGGACAGGAUGGGUCUGCGUGUGGACUGCUCUCCUGCUUUUCUUGUUGGCAGUAUUGGGCGCUUGCUCUAUAAUCAACAGAUUCACUAGGGUUGCUGGUGAAUUAUUUGGUCUACUUAUUGCAAUGCUCUUUAUGCAGCAGGCCAUAAGAGGAGUUGUUGAAGAGUUUGGCUUACCUGAGAGAGAAGACCCUCGUGAGACUGCACUGCAGCCUGCUUGGCGUUUUGGGAAUGGAAUGUUUGCUUUGGUCCUAUCUUUUGGUCUUCUUCUGACUGCACUAAAGAGUCGUAAGGCCAGGUCAUGGCGCUAUGGAACAGGCUGGUUGAGAGGAAUCAUUGCAGACUAUGGUGUUCCAAUCAUGGUUGUUGUGUGGACUGGCCUAUCUUACAUACCAGUUAGAGAUGUUCCAGCCGGAAUCCCUAGGCGUCUCUUCAGUCCAAAUCCAUGGUCUCCUGGUGCAUAUUCUAAUUGGACAGUUGUCAAGGAAAUGGUGCAUGUGCCACCCUUGUAUAUCAUUGGAGCCUUUAUUCCUGCAACCAUGAUUGCAGUGCUGUACUACUUUGAUCACAGUGUUGCUUCACAGCUUGCUCAACAGAAGGAGUUCAAUUUGAAGAAACCGGCUUCCUAUCAUUAUGACCUCCUUCUUUUGGGAGUUUUGGUCAUAGUAUGUGGGCUACUUGGCAUCCCACCUUCAAAUGGUGUUAUCCCACAAUCGCCAAUGCAUACAAAGAGUCUGGCUACCCUGAAACAUCAGGUAUUACUCAGGUUGCACUAUGCUGAAUUUACUAAUCAAAUGUGACCUACAUCCUCUCCGUUCAUGAUUACAUCCGUUUGCCCUUGUUCACAGCUGUUGAGGAACAAGCUCGUGUCAACAGCUCGAAAAAGCAUCAGUAAAAAUUCAAACCUCGGUCAGUUAUAUAGGAACAUGCAAGAGGCAUACAAUGAGAUGCAGACUCCAUUGGUCUAUCAACAACCAUCUGCCCUGGGAUUGAAAGAGCUGAAAGAAUCCACCAUUCAAUUGGCUUCAAGCACUGGCUACAUAGACGCUCCAGUUGAUGAGACUGUCUUUGAUGUUAACAAAGACGUCGAUGAUCUCUUGCCCGUUGAGGUUAAGGAACAACGCCUGAGCAACCUGCUUCAAGCUAUAAUGGUUGGUACAUGUGUUGCUGCCAUGCCUCUCCUGAAAAAGAUCCCAACUUCAGUUCUUUGGGGAUACUUUGCUUUCAUGGCCAUCGAGAGCUUGCCUGGAAACCAAUUUUGGGAGAGAAUCUUGUUGCUUUUCACUGCUCCCAGCCGCAGAUACAAGGUGCUGGAGGACAGUCAUGCAACCUUCAUUGAGACGGUGCCAUUCAAGACAAUUGCUUGGUUCACCUUGUUCCAGACAGCCUAUCUACUUGUAUGCUUUGGGCUGACGUGGAUCCCCAUUGCUGGAGUCCUUUUCCCACUCCUCAUCAUGCUUUUAGUCCCGGUGCGUCAGUAUCUACUGCCCAAGUUCUUCAAAGGAGCCCACCUUCAGGAUUUGGAUGCUGCAGAGUAUGAAGAAGCUCCUGCAGUCUCCUACAACAUCGCAUUUGAGGAACAACUUGGUCAAACCAGAACGCCUGAAAUCGACGGUGGGGAAGUUCUGGAUGAGAUGAUCACAAGGAGUCGUGGUGAGUUCCGACGUGUGCAGAGCCCCAAACUGACAAGUUCAACUCCAGGUUCCUUGGAGGACAUCAAGCCUGCAUUUAGCCCGGGAUUGUCACAGAGGCGACACAGCCCACGUGUCCGCGAGCUCAAGUCAGAGUGGAGCCCAAGGUACGGAGGGAAGGGAAUCGAAGUGAAGAAAACUCCGAGCCCUGAGCCAGGACCAGGACCAUCUACCCUUGGCCAGGGCACCCCUGGCUCAUCCGUUUAAGUGAUCAUCCCCUUCUACCUUCCUUUAGUGAGUCCAGCGCCAGCAGCGAAUUUGAACUCGAGAGGUCUUUUUCGUUUUUUGUAAUGUGUAUCGACUAAGUUGGGUGUGCUUGUUUGUCUCGUUGGUUCCCAAGCAUUAAGUUGAGUUCCAUUCCAUGGAUCUCUGUAUCAGUUUCAGUAUUGUUGUUUGGUUAUGUCUUAGUUGUAAGCUAGUGGGCAAAGGACAAAUUCAUGCAUGAAUGAAAUGCAUUAAAAAUGCAUAUCAUAACAAGCAAGUUGUGAUGGUUAUGGCACUAACUAGCAACUAGCAAGCAUGGUUUGGAGACCGAGAAAUCUACUUUAAACCAACUUGGGGGAUUCAAAGCUGAUGGAUGGGUUUUAGCAAGUGGCUUAUCCUGAUGCAUCGUGGGGAACAAGAGAACAAACAAUUCAUUCAUGGUGCUUUAUUAAAGAGGUUUAGCUUCCUAACUGAAAUCUAGUCACGAUUUGCUGCACAGCUUCCUCGUGUCGAGCGGAUUUUACUUUCAUUAUGUCAAGAGAAAAGAAGUGAAAUUUCUUCCAUUCUCCAUCUGGGGGCCGACAACCAAUUUUCAGUCAUUCCCUUUGUGAAUCUUUGCUUAAAUCUCUUCCAUGAAGAUGAUUUCUCCAUUCUCUGAUAUGUUUUCUCAUAUCUGGAGACUCUUUUGUCUUGGUGUUAAAAG